AUGCCACCCAAACGAGCACCAGGUUUCGGCAGCAAGCCAAAAGUAUCUUUUUCCAGCUACAGCAGAACUGGCGCGAAAAGAACUGUUAGAAUGGCGCAGCCUUUGUAUCCUGGAGGCACGCCGAAUGUCCCACCACCGCUUCGACAGCCAUCAUCAAAACCAUAUAAGCAGGGUUAUGGCAUCGAGGAACCCAAGCCUCAGGCUUUGGCUCCUAUCGAGGAUCUUCUUCUUUGCCCUUGCCCUGAGACAAAGAACAAAAAGAGAAGGCUAUCACUUGCAUUUACAAAUGUGUCGAGUUGCCAGAAUCCAAUACUGCAGCGAGUGCCUAGACCACUCAUUGCCCGUGGUUUGAUGCGUCGCCACCUCUUCCCUCUGACACCAUCUGAGCCGAAUCAUGCCAUACAUGUCGAGCAAAUGCGUAGUAUGCACAACAUGCACUAUCUUUGUCGCGCUUCUGCUCAUGCGAUUGCCAACUGGGCCCGCGCAGAGUAUCGCUACAAGCAGCGACUUAGCGAAGCACUCCCAAUGUAUGGGAGACUGAUGCUUAGCUUAGAAAAGGAUCUUAGAAACGGAUCUGAGCUACAAAGAGCAUGUCCGGCAUGCAUGUAUAUGUCUGGUCCCAAAAUUGUCGCUGCAGACGGUAACAUGCAACUACGACGCUUUGCGAAAACGAAGGACCCAAAAGACGUCGCAUUUACUGAUCAAGAAGAAGUGGAUUGGUAUUGGGUUAAAGAUAACCAAGUCGUCCAAUACCGUAACGCAGCAACUGAUGGCUGUAGCACGUGGCAAGCUCUCGAGAAGGGCCGCGGGCGUACCGAUCAUCUAGAUCAAAAUGGUGCAUUUGCAUGCACUUGUGGCCAUGGCCUUCCUCUGGCCAUUACAGACAUUACAACGCCUGGUGAACAUUGCUUGAAAAAAGUAACUGAGAUGUCAUUAUAUGGAUCGAACAUUCGCAUCAUGUAUGACGUCGGUUGCAAAAUUCGAAAAGCAUUACAGGAAUCGUUGGAUUGUAUUAAGGAUGUCCCUAUUGCUGUCGGUAUAUUCUACAUCACUGGACAUGCCCCACGGUGCCAGAUCCACUACCAUCCUCGCCUCAAGGAAGGACGGCUCACCUUGACUAUUGCUCUUGACUUUUACAUGCAGCAAAGAACAGACAAUAUUGGUGUGAACCUCCGGCGUAAGUAUAAACGCGCUUUGGAACUUAAAUCCGAUGCUUUGAAGACACUUUUGAAAGCCGGCAUUCAAGAAGGUGACGAGAAUUCUCUUGCAUCAAUGGCAAGGAAAUGGAAGGAGCACGUGGAUGAGACGGUUCAGAGGGACACAAACAACACCCGUCAAGGAGGAAGAAUUGGUGCCGCCAGUAGGGCUGUGGAGAACCUGCGCCUGGCCAUUGGCAUCUAUGACCUCAUAGAGAGAGCCUUUAAACAGCAGGGAAAUGGCCACAACCGAACCCAAAAUCUAGCAGGGCAAAGAAAAGCCGCCCGUGCUCAAGUCGAAAAACAAUUCAAUAACUAUCUUGAAAAGCUUUCAGUGGGUCCACUUUUUGGCUUCGAGCUUUAUCCCGACUCUAGCACAGUGCUGAAAAAAAACAGCCACUUUCGUUUCCGUUGUAACAUUAUUUCGCCUGUGGAAACUAAUACACCGUAUGACGCGUUUCACGGUUUAAGAAGAGCAAACGAAGAGCUUGAGCUGCUGAAGGACGAAGCCUCUUCGGUGAUCAAGUUCGGCCAUAACGUUAUAAGUAAGCUUCAAGAGGCCAUUGCAUCUGUGCCCGAAACUUUAGAGCGCGCAGAGGCGUGGAUGGAAGAGCAGCAACGACUUCUAGGCAGAAUUGCCAAUGGAUCAGCUUCCAUUGAUCCUGAUAUGUUGUCCAGAGGUGCGUCAGUAGUGGUACGAGGUGUUCAGCAGGAUGGCGAAGAAGAUGACGAUGACGAAGAAGGUGGACAGGAGACGGAAGAAUUAGCGCCUGACAUAGAGGCAGAGAAUGACGACGACGACGAGGAGUUGAUCGACGAUAAUGACGACAUGUUCAUGAACAUGUUUCCUGGGAUGAAAUCCCGGUUAAACCGAUUGAAGCUCGCCACUCCGUCUGCAACCAACGUAGUAAUCGGUGCAUUUACAUCACUGUUGAAAACAAGCUGCAUAGGCACUACAUACCGCUUACACAUGUAA